AUGGAUACCGAAGUUAUUAAAGUCUUGCUUGAUUCUCAAGAAAAGACUUUCCAUGCCGCCAUGGAUUUUGUAGUUGACCAGUUCAAGUCAAGAAUACGGGAAGCAGAGGUAACCAUCCAGGACCUAACUCGAAGCCUGGAGUUUUCUCAGGCCGAAGUCAAGGAUCUACAAAGUGAAGUAAAAGAGCUCAGGAAAUUCGCAAGUGAAAUUUUGAAGUCACAAAUUAAGGACCUUGAACAAAGACAGAAUUACCAAGAAGAUUAUAACAGACGAAAUAAUUUACGCAUAAGUGGGAUUGAAGAAAAACUUGGUGAAACAUGGGAAGAAACAGCCAUAGCAGUGUCGAAGCUCAUUGAAGAAAAGCUUCAGUUGCCUGCUGUAAAAUUAGAACGCGCUCACAGAACCGGACGUGUGUUGCCUUCUCGUUCUCGUGUUGUUGUCGCGAGAUUCGAGAAGCUCAGCGAUCGAGAAGCACUGAUACGAAAUGCUAGAAAAUUGAAAGGUUCUGAAAUAUAUAUAGAUGAAGACCUUUGCCCUGCAUCCCAAGAAAUUAGAAAGAGUCAGAUACCUCUCAUGAAGAAGGCCAGAAAAGAAGGCAAGAUUCCUUUCUUCAAACACACCAGGCUAAUUAUAAAAGAUAAGAGUACUAAAUAUCAACUCCAGGGAAGAAGCUCUCGCAGUGAAGGUGUCUCGACCCGUGAAGCAGUGGGUGACGUCACGGGAGCAAUGCACCAGGCGAGUGAAGCAAGUGGUGGUGAAUCAUCCGUUGGUGCUGAAGGUGGAAAUAAUUAUGCCUCGACUCGUGGUGCUGUGGGACACGUCUCGGAAGCAGUGGUCCAGACAAAUGAAGCAAAUGGUGGUGAAUCAUCGGUUGGUGGUGAAGGUGGGAGUACUGGUGGUCCCUACUCUGCUCACACUGGAUCCUCUGGUGUCGGUGGUGGUAGUGGGUCCUGCCAUGGCCGCCCCACACCCUCGGAUACUGGUGGUGGUGAUGGGUCUCCAGAUGCAGCCCCGACACAGCGACAGCAGCAUACUUCACGUACCAGAAAUCGCAGGAAGUAA